CGGAUGUUCUCGUGAUAUUUUCCCGUCAAGGACCGAUGGUGCAGUGAUAAGGCACUGUUUGCUCGUCUGGUCUGAAUUACCAAGAUUUAUGUGUCACCUUUUUCGCCAUUUUGUGUUUUGCUGACGUGUUCUACGCUUGUCAUGCAGUUCAUGGAAGAUUCAGAGACUAGAAGGCCGAUUUUAUCCGCGUAAAUUGGCGGCCAUUGAGGAAGAAUGUCUGUCGAAGAAGGAAGGAACGUUGGAACUCGCGAGAGAAUUAGUACUAGUUCACAUGUCAAUGGGUUGCCAUCCCCUACAGAGCCUAAAGUGUUUCCUCGUGCCAUUUUGGUGGCAUCAAAUGGACAGCCACUACUUGUUCAGCCACCUUUAGUUCAAGGGGAAAGAGGAAUGGUAUCCAUCGCUUCACCGUAUUUGGCCCAAGGCAGCAUUUUCUACACCCCUCAUUUCUUUUCACCCCACCAACUAGCAGCAACGCAACAUGCCGCUCUGCACCAAUAUUCUCCAACUUUGAUACAGUUCAAUGGAAACUCAUCUUUAACGAGCCAGGAAACGCACAGUGGUACCAACCCACAAAAUGGAUUUGCUAAGUCUUGUAGCACAUCUCCAAAAGCUAACAGAAAGGAUGAAGUUGAUAUGGGUCCUUGUUUAGCGCAAGAUUCUGCUAUUGUUAGUAACAAUUCAGGGAGUGUUAGAGAGCCAGAUCCUGACAUUUCUCCAGCCACACCCUCGGUAGCAAUACCUUCGCUGUCACCCUUGACACCAAGAACACCAUCAACUCCAGGCACCCCUCAACAACCUUCACCCGCCGAUGAUGAUAUUUGCGUGAUCUGCUCUGAUAAAGCCACAGGCCAUCACUAUGGUGUUACAAGUUGUGAAGGCUGCAAAGGAUUCUUUAAAAGGAGUGUUCAAAAUAAGAAAGUCUAUUCUUGUCGCAACUUGACACAAGACUGUCCCGUUGAUAAACGUCACAGGAACCGAUGCCAGUUCUGUAGAUUGCAAAAGUGCAUUAAAGCUGGCAUGCUGAAAGAAGCUGUUCGUGAAGAUCGGACACCUGGUGGAAAACACAAAAACACAUCUUUUCCUUUUAACACACGCGUCAAAUCUGAACCAGCUGCUAAGCAGCCAAGAAAAAGCUCGUCAUCAAGCAGUUUAAGUUCAGACCACGUAGAUGCUGUCCCAAUUGUGAAAAUCCCAACAAGAACUUUUCCUCCAUUUAUUAAAGAACUUUUGAGAUAUGAACCUCCAGCUGAUCACCUUUCCACGUUUUGCCAGGGCUGCCAGUUGGAGGAUACUGGGCAAAAGACUCUAGCUCAUGUCACUCAACAAGCAGAGGAGCAGAUUAAGAGAAACCUUGAAUGGUUCAAAUGCUUGCCCUUGCUUCAUGACAUCAGUGAGAGUGAUAAACGGGUUCUUUCAAGAAGUGCUUGGAUUGAACUUAUGCUGAUCAAUCUGACAAAACAAUCUUUGCAUUUAGACAAUGGAGUACUUCUUUGUAAAGGGCAAGUGUUGGACUUUUCGACUGCAGAAGUCACAGGAAUUGGUGACAUUAUGCAUCGUGUUAUGCAGCUCACAGCAAAGUUUAAAGAACUGAAUUUGGAUGAUGCAGAAUUUGUUUGCAUAAAGGUUAUCAUACUCUUAAACCCAGAUGUCAAGGGUCUUUAUGACCAGCAGCUCAUUGAGAAACUGCAAGAUAAAGUCCAUGCAUCACUAUUGGAAUAUAACAACAAUUUUCACCCCAGUGAACCCAAUCGCUUUGGAAACAUUCUUCUAAGGUUGCCAGAACUGAGAUCGAUUGGCACCAAAAGUUUAGAACGUCUUUUUAUGUUGAGUCUUACAGGACAGAUUAAUGCAAGCAAUUCUUUGUCAGAACUCCUCCAUUCCACAAAAAGAUAACUUUGGCAUUGGUGUUCAAGUGUCAGUGUUAAGCCAUGUGUGUGGAGAGUGGAUUCAGAUGGUGGAUUCAGUUACAUUUUGGUCAAUGCAGAUGUUGGAACUGUCUUAUUCGAGGCAUUGUGGGUUUAACUCAUGAGAAAUAGAGAUGUAAAUUGUCACCAAAUGACUGUUCUUAUAUGCAAUACCUAUUCUUUUUCAAGUUAGUUUGGUUUCCAACUAGGACUUAGGUUAUGGAUUUCUUUAGAGUAUAACUAUGGUAUUACUAUCUUUUAAAUCAUUUUGAAACAAAUUAUGAAUGACAUUCUAUGAUACAAGAAUUCAAAACCAAUAUGACACAGAGCUUUUUUAGAAAGCUUAAAGCAUGCCUCUUUUUAAAACUGGGUUACAUCAACUUUUAGGUUACUCAGUGUACAACAAAGACAAACUAACAUUUACUUCCCGGAAGGGGGGGAACUCCCAUAUAAAAUGGAUGGGGGUGCUUGUUGUACCUUUAAGGGAUUUAAAAAGUAGAAUUGGUACCUAUUAGGUACCUCAGCAGGCGUUUUUGCAGUACCUUUAAGGGUAUUGAGCUGAAAAAUGUCAGCAUCAGUUAACGUGUUUACUUAGAAUAAUUUUAUCUCUUAGGGAUGGAAAAAUGUUUGAAGCCAUGCCCACAAAAUGGGAUCUUGGUACCUCUUAGGGGUUCUUUUCCAAAUAUCUGAUGAGCACCCUCCCAUUCUUUUUAAAUGGGAGUUUCAGCCCC